CCUCGUCGUCGGAACAUGUACUCGGAAUAUCUAUCAUCAUCGGAAGCGCGGGGCCUCUGUUUUCUCUGGAGUGGGUAGAGAGAGAAAAAGGUGCGAGAGAUUUCUAGAGAGAGAAACUCUGAGACUCAAGAAAAGACUCUUACUGCUUUCUAGGGUUAGGCUUCCUUCCAGCAGUUAAAAAGGAAGCAAAAGAAGGACGGGAGGGAGCUUGAUGGGAAGCUAGAGAUUGCGGGAUUCUUUAGCUUUUAAUUCUUUUUUGGGUCAAUUUUUCUUCUCCGGUAAAUGUCGCGUCGAUUGUAAGGUUGUCUGUUUUCCUUUUAGGCCUUUUGUGGGUUUGUGUUUAUCUCUUUGCCUUUUUGUUUUGUGUGUAUGAAGUGCACGGAAGCCGAGGCUUCUUCAACCUCAAGCAAAGUGUGUGGUGGUUUAAUAGAGUUUUAUUUGAGCUAGUUUAGCGGUAGCGUGUGUUUAAUAAUGCCAAUUAUUGUGGAGGAUCAUAUUGAGAUGAGGAAUUCAGGGGUAAUUUGAGGGUGGCAAUAUGAGUCGUAGUGUGAACAGUGGAGGAAGACAGCAGAGGAAUUCGGCGGCUUCGGUCUCACAGAACGGUUCAGUUACGGCGCAGCAGCUGGCAAUCGACGAGAGCCUGCUGGUUGAUCCCAAGUUGUUGUUUAUUGGGGCGAAAAUUGGUGAGGGAGCUCAUGGGAAAGUUUACGAAGGAAGGUACGGUAGUCGAAUUGUGGCUAUCAAAGUUCUCAAUCGUGGGAGCACUUCUGAAGAAAGAGCUCAACUUGAGAAUCGAUUUGCCCGUGAAGUUAAUAUGAUGACUCGAGUGAAGCAUGAAAAUCUUGUGAAGUUUAUUGGAGCUUGUAAGGAUCCUCUAAUGGUGAUAGUUACUGAGCUAUUACCUGGAAUGUCACUCCGGAAGUACCUGAUUAGUAUUCGUCCCAAUCCAUUAGAACUUCAUGUGGCCAUUAAAUAUGCUCUUGACAUCGCUCAUGCAAUGGAAUGUUUACAUGCCAAUGGCAUUAUACAUAGAGAUCUAAAACCUGACAAUCUGUUGCUUACGGCAAAUCAGAAAUCUGUAAAGCUUGCAGAUUUUGGUCUUGCAAGAGAAGAAACUGUGACUGAGAUGAUGACUGCAGAAACUGGGACUUACCGUUGGAUGGCUCCUGAGCUAUAUAGCACUGUCACAUUACGGCAAGGAGAGAAGAAGCAUUACAAUAACAAAGUUGAUGUGUAUAGCUUUGGGAUCGUCUUAUGGGAAUUGUUGACCAACCGCAUGCCCUUUGAAGGCAUGUCUAAUUUGCAGGCUGCCUAUGCUGCUGCUUUCAAGCAAGAGAGGCCUCGACUUCCAGAGGAUGUCUCCCCUGAUCUUGCCUUCAUCAUCCAGUCAUGUUGGGUUGAGGACCCCAAUCUAAGGCCUACGUUCAGCCAGAUCAUCCGCAUGCUCAACUCUUUCCUCUUCAAACUCUCACCCCCACCCCUACCGGACAAUGACAGCAACGAAGCAGAAGCAAGUAACGGUACCAUGAGUGAACUAUCUGUCCGGGCAAGAGGCAAGUUUUCUUUCAUUAGGCAACUCUUCAAUGCUAAGAAGAACAAGAACACACAAUCAAGCUGACCAAAAUUUUGGAAACCAUCCCGUUGUUUCAACUGAAGGAACACCUCGAGAUCGAUGGUAGAAACAAUGUUUAGUAACUUUAUGAUUUUAACUACCCAAACAACGAUGAAAUUCAAAUGAUGAGAAAACACUGAAAGUGAAAAGGAUGGAUUCAGCACGGUUCACGUUGUGUACGUGACUUGAUUGUAAAGAAAACCACAUGGUUUUGGAAAUUUCUCUUCAUAUCAAUGGAACCUCCCUUUCAAUAA